CGCGGCGCCUCGGAGGCCACCAUGGUGGAGGUGAAUCGCGCCUUCCUGCGCUCCGUGAAGGGCGCCUUGAAGAUUGCCCGCAUGUUUUCAGCCCCACGCACUCACUUUUGAAGCAGGAGUGGGGGAGGUGCCUCUGAGCGCGUGCAGAGGGCAUUUCUCGCUCCCUCACUGCCACCACUGGGGAGCCUCCGCGCAGCAAGGGAAGUCGGUAGCGCCUCUGCCCGUAAGGCUCCUCUCGUCAUAUUUCUGCGAGUUUUAAAGGUUGCAUCCUGCGAUGGGGCCGCACGGCACCCCCCAGAUGGGUCCGCCAAGGACGACGACCGUCGCUCCCAAGAGACAAGAAGCAAUGAACACGAUCCCCAGCCUCCCCUGCCAUCCAGCCGGGGAUUUAGGAACAACAGAUGUUGCAGCUUUCAUAGCUACCAUUUGUUUUGGACUUACCAACAUUCAGGAAGCAUUUCUAACACUCACUAUCAUAGAACUUGUAGUUGAUUCAUUAUUCUUCCUUUUGUAUCUGCUGGAUCUGCAGAAAGUGUUAACCUGGUUCUUUUGGCCCUUGAUUGAUGCCUUCAAUUCUCUGGUGGCAGCUCUUUUCCUCUUCAUUGUGGGCCUGUACGCAGUAAUAAAGAAGAUCCUAAUUGAAUCUUUAGUUGGAGGAGUAUUUUGUCUGAUUCUGUGUGCUCUCUGCGUAACAGAUGCAACUCUUAUUAUGUUGAAGGUUAAUUUUAAUAGAGGUGCCCCAAGGACAGUUUCUCAGAGAUAGAAUGUCCAACAAAUAACAUUAUAAUCUGUUUGGAAAACCUAGUCAACAAUAGGCUGUUGGUGUCACUUUUUUCUUGUAUUUUCUACACACUAAGAGCCAAGCCAGCCAGUCAAGCACUUAAAAAACUUACUGAUCUUAAACAAAAUGCUAAGCAAAUGCUUAAUUCUUCUAUCAAAAUCAGCAUUAUAAAAAAGUGUUUAAUUUCAGCUGGAUUGUGCCCUUAUAUUAAAAUAUGCAUCAACAAAUGUAAAUUUGUUCUUAUACACUUGUUUUCUAAAAUUCCUUUUUACCAGUAUGAAAAAUCUGUAACAAAAAAUGAUCCAAUGUACUUUAUGAAAGUUCCAACCAGCAUUACAUUUCAAAUGAUUAUCAAGUGAUACUUGCUGAACUUGUUUUUGUUAAAUCUUAAUGUUUUGAAUUAAAAGAAUUGCAUGUAAUGCUA